AUGGCUUCGGCAACUGGCAUCCCAAACGCGACGGCGAUCCGCGGAGCAAGUGAGGAGGAACCAUUGUUGGGAAGCAGAGGGGAUGCAAGUCAAUUACACGGCCAACCGCUCUAUUUGAACCUCUGGAUCGGCACCGCGCCCAUUGCCCAAGCGGGAAUCUGGAUACUCGCAGCCAUAGUAUGGGGGGCCAUUCUAUCCCACAAACUCAUCUUCUUCUCCGCUCAUCCCCUUCUCAACUCCGCCGGCUUCCUCCUCGCCAUCCAAGCAGCCCUCGUCCUCCAACCCACGCACACACCCGAGCAAAAGCGGGCGGGCACCGUCGCCCACUUCGCCCUGCACCUCAUCGGCGUCUCGGCCCUCACUGCGGGUCUCAUCGUCAUCGAGAUGAACAAGGCCGGGCCUGGCCACGAGCACUUUGCCUCUGCGCACGCACGACUCGGACUCGCCUUCUACGUGCUCGUGUACGUGCAGGCGCUCGUUGGGUUCACGCAGUACUACGUGCCCAGUCUGUAUGGCAGUGUGGACAGGGCAAAGAGCAUCUACAAGUAUCAUCGCCUGGCCGGCUAUCUGAUUGCCGUGCUCGGUCUGGCGACGAUUUGCGCGUCCAGCUGGACGACGUAUUCGUUGAAUGUGCUGCACAUGCAGCAUUGGGCGGUUGUGGUGGCUAGUGUCUUGGUCCUCGUCGGGGUUGUGCCUCGGAUUCGGCUGAGUAAGUUUGGGUUGAGGAGGGCAGAGGGCGGGGUGACGGUCUUGAAGGAUAUCCCAGAGUUUUUGCAGAACCCACUAUACGGCCUUGCAACAGGGACACGAAGAGACGAGGGAAUCUUGAUUUUCUAG